GAAGGGCAUUGAUUGUUUUCAGUUUUGCUGAGGGCUUUUUUGUUUGUUUGUUUUGGUUUCCCACCGCGACGACGCCCCUACACGUACAACCCACACCCGCGAACACUCUCCCAUGCAUCUGAGCCUGUCCUCGACGCGGCACCUGGGUGGGACGAUCACCGCCGGCUCCACCGCCUCCGGCUCCCGUUACGCCAGCCACACCGCACGCGCCCCGCACACCCUCUGCUGGAUGGAGCUCGCCGUCUUCCCCGGCUUUCCGGGUGUCCCGUCGCUCUCCGGCACGCAGGUGCAAGGCAGGCAAGACUUGCUGGCCUCCACGAAGGGCGCCGGCGCCCCACAUGAAACGAGCUUGAUGUUGCAGAUUGAGCUGUUCGACGACGAGUGCCCGCACCUCUGCGCCAACUUCCGUCGCCUGUGCAACGGGGCCUCCGCUACGCGGCAGGGCACGGUGUACUGCUACCAGGGCCUCGCCCCGAGCUACCGCGGCACGUACUUCCACAAGAUCAUCCCUUCCUACUGCGCGCAAGGCGGCGACAUUACAAUGCGCGUGGUGCCCGGGGGCAGUAACAGCUACUCAAGCGCAGGCCGCGGCUGGCUGCCGGAUGAGGCGAAGAAGCGGCGUCACAACGAGGUGGGUCUCGUGUCCAUGGCGAACAACGGGCCGAACUCCAACGGCUCGCAGUUUUUCAUCACCACCUCCGCCUCAAAUGAGCGCAGCUUCAAUGGCAGGCACUGCUGUGUAGGGCGCGUGGUGCAAGGGCUGGACCAGUUCUUGGGCCUGGUCGCCCCCUGCGGGGACAAGGACGGGCGGCCGUCGCGGUAUGUGGUAGUGGUCGACUGCGGAGGGGGCGAGGCGCCGUCCAGCACGUUUGGCGCUUCUGUGCUGCCGCUGACGGACGCUGGAGAAGGCUACGCAGACACGACGGCGGCGACAACGGCGACAACGGAGGAGGAAGGGGUGAGAGAUCAAACCUGCGUGCACGACGCGUCAAGUGAGCUCGUCGCCACUGCGCAAGAUGCGCCAGCGUUGGAAACGGCGACGGAAACGCUGGAGGCUGUCCGUACACCAUCGCCGCUAUCACCACCGGCAGUACCUGCGGCGGCCGCAGAAGCUGCCGUUGAGGCGGCGGCGACGCCAAGCCCGCCUCCUGCCGCCUCACCACUGCCUCUGAAGAGUUCGAUGAAGAAGAGCGCGGCGGCAUCCAGCAAGCACGUCACGUACAAGGAAUGA